AAAAAAUCAAGUGGUCUACACUUUUAGACGAGAAUUUAAGUCUACUUUGCCCCAAGGUAAAUCGCUGGCCUUUUCAUCAACCCUACCUGAUUGGAAACAUGCUAAAAGCUGGCUCUUUGCAGUGGUGUUAAAAAGCAUGUCAAAUGUUGUUGUGGAAAUUUGUAUUUUAUCUGGUGUUAGACUGGAUGACAAAAAGCCACAUUGAUUGUGAUAAAAAAGUAAGUUAUUUCUAGACAGACUAAAUGGGUUUUCUACGUGAGAUAUGACAAUUUGACCCUUUCACAUAAAUCAUGACAGACAGGCUUUCUUUAAUUGGAGACAAGUCAUGUGAUCCAAGUCAAAAUGCCAUGCCCAUGGGUAGAAAAUGCAUUUACUCUCUUUAGAAAUAAUUUACUUUUUUUAUCAUGUUUGCACACAAGACAAUAUCACUGCACUUUGACUUUGUAGGAGGAGGGUCUUUCCGCAUCAAGAGACAAAGGUCAAAGUCCUUGAAUGAGGGGAAAGAGGUACAGGAGAAGAUUCAGGACAACUCCUACGAGACACGUCGUAAGCAGGCCACCGCCAUUGUGAUGCUGGGGGUCAUUGGUGCCGAGUUUGGUCAGGAGAUCGUGUCGUCACGAGGAGGAGACCAGCAGAAGGGGGUGGUGGAGGGGUUCAGUAUUAACCAGGCUCUGGCCAGGAGGACAAGUAAUGCCCUGACCUAUCUCCUUCUGCAACCCUCCAGUCCUCAGCUGCCAGCAAACACACCAAUCAGGAGAGCUGCCAUAGAUUUGAUUGGACGCGGUUUCACAGUGUGGCAGCCAUAUUUAGAUGUGUCAGCUGUGUUACUGGGUUUGUUGGAAUUGUGUGUGGAUGGGGACAAGCUGGUGCCCAGCAUGACAUUUGGUCUGCCUCUCAGCUCACAAGCAGACGCAUGCAGAACAGCACGUCAUUCACUCGCACUUAUUGCGACAGCUCGACCACCUGCGUUCAUCAUCACCAUGGCAAAGGAGGUGGCACGAUACAACGCCAUGGCUCAGAAUGCACAAUCCCAGAGUCCUUCACUCCAUACGUCGGUGCUAGUACGAGGGAAGUCGGAGAUCAUGAGAGUUAUUGAACACUUGAUUGAUAAGUUGCCUAAUGAUGUGGCAGAGUUGAUGGUAGAGGCCAUGGACAUCACAGUUCACUGUCUAGACCACACUGCAGUGAAGACCAAGGGUCUCCAGGAGGUGUUUGCUCCUAUCUGUAAGUUCUGUAUUGUUAGCUAUGACACCAACUCCAGGAGGAUAUGUGUAGGAGCCAGGAAUGGAGGACUCACCUUUUAUGAGUUAAAGCAUGCCAAGUCUCAGGUGAAAGUCAUGGUGUUUUAAAUUUAUAGCU